UAAACGUAUCGGAAUUUGAUCGACAAUUCAUAUUCAAAACAGAGAUGAAUCCAUCCGAUUGUAUGGCUGUAUGGAACAUUGUUUAGCGUAUAUAGAACUUUUGGGAGCCAUCAAUUGUCAACAACAUUAACGUUAUAUAGACCACGAUCGUCUGAAUGAUUGACCAAGUGACUGACUGACUGAAUAUUCUAUUUGAUUUUAGUGUCUACAAAUUCUAUCCAAGAUUUUGAGCACAAAAUCAAGAUGAAUUAUGUUUUAUUAGUGUCUUGUUCAUCAUAUGUGUAUCCAUAAAUUAAUGUUUUUCAUUCAAAUCAAUCUUUACUUACUUUUCAGCAAUUGUGCUGGUUCAUUUUAUAUUAAUUGAAUUCGUUUCUCCAGUAACCAACAACAAUAAUAACAACAACAACAACAGCAGCAAAAUAUUCAUCUUUGGAAUCUUCAACAUCCACAUCAAAGUAAAGUAGCAUUCAAUAAAAAAAAAUUUGAAUUCUCUUUUCCCUAUCAUAAACAAUAUCAAUUUGGCUUGUCAACAAUUCACCAAUUUCAUUUCAUUCCAUUCAUACAAACGCUCAACAUCAAUUGUUUUUGUGAUUUGAUUUUAGCUCAUAUUUUCCAAACGUAAAAAAACAUACCACUGCAAAAAAAUAAAAUGACAGGCAAAGUAAAUCGAAAUGAUUCUAAAACAACGAAAUCAUCGUCCAUCGAUUCAAACCAUAAUGGUGAUGAAGAAGAUUCUGUACAUUUGAAACAGACAAAUGCAGCAUUGAAAACAUUGCUCAAUCAACAUUUACCGGAAAAUCAACAAUCGUUAAAAGAUUCACAAAUUAAUUUGGAUAAGAUUGCAAACUAUUGUGAUUCAAAUUAUUUCCAAAUCGACAACCAAGACGAAGCAUCAGUCGUUACCAAGAAUUAUGCACAACAAGCAUUAGCUUCGAUUGCAAGUCAAAUAUAUUCAUAUGCAUCGAAUAUUCAGGCAACCAUCAAUCUAUUGGAACAGCAAUUUGAUUCAUUAGAAUCACAGACCAGAUACAUUGGACAAAAAAUUAAACUUAACGAUGAGAAACGUGCACGACGUGAAAUUGGUCGAUUAACCAAACCGAAACGAUUGCUUGUACAACCACCGGUCAUUUAUCCAGAAAGGCCAAAAAUUCGAAUGACAUCUAAAUAUCAACAUGAUUCGAUUGAUUAUAGCUCAUUGGAUAAUGUAGGUGUUGCCUAUAAGAUUCAUCAACAAAAUGACAAAUCACAUACAAUGGAUAAUCGUUCAAUGCCGCCGAUAAAAUCGGCUACACUUCGACCAUCUAAAUCAUCAAAUCUUUCUUCCAUCAUUGCUCCACAACCACCGUCAUCAUCAUCACAAUCAGCUGGUAAAUCUUUUGGUCCAAAUGAAGCAAUGUAUGCACGUGCUAGUAAUAAUGUUUUAACAUCAUCCGCUAUUCGACCUUCAACACCACCGAUUUCCGGUACUUCAGGUAUAUUUAAUAGUUUGGCACGUCAUUCCAAAGAUUCUUAUCGUUCAUCUACUGGCUAUCAUCAUCAUCAUCCAACACCAUUGGUCAUUCCACCACCACAAGUUCCUUCGAAUUAUGCUUCAAGUAAAGAUUUACAGCCACAACAAUCACAGAAAUCUUCAAUUGAACCAGAAAUAUCAACAACAAUCAACAAUGAUAAACAAACAGCCAGUAGCAUUAAAUCUACUGUACAAUCGUCAUCACAGCAAACAGGACAGACAAAAAUUGAUUCAUCAAUAUCUGAAAAGGAUCAGGUGGUUGAUUCAUCAUCACCCAAUCAGGAUUGGAUACCAUCAAAUUUUAUUGAAAAAGUUGUAGCUAUUUACGAUUAUACAGCUGAUAAAGAUGAUGAACUAUCAUUCCAAGAGAAUUCAGUCAUCUAUGUUAUACGUAAAAAUGAAGAUGGCUGGUGGGAAGGAGUAUUGAAUGGUAUUACGGGAUUAUUUCCAGGAAAUUAUGUUGAAUCAUGUUUGUGAACCGAAUAAUUAUUAUUACAUCAUCAUCAUUCCUAUUAAUUCACAAUAUUAUCAAAUCGUUAUAAUGUUAACUGUAUUUGUUAAAUUGAGUUAUGAGUUAUCGUUUUAUUUCAAUAGAAUCUUACCACUUAAUUAUGGGGCUAUUUA